AAACCGUCCACUUCUAGUGGAUGCUGCUAAGUCCGUUUUUUCUUUUGUUUCCGGUCUUUUUUCGGCUCUAGUCAUUCGAAAUCCUGCGGUUUAUCAAUCACCCGAUGAAGAUGUCGAUAGAUUACUAGAUGAAAAAGCUGCAAAGAACGAAACUCGGUUUGAUGCCGUACAGAUUUGUAACCUUGCCAAUCUCUGUGAUGACGAGGCAAGUAAGAAAAGGGGAUCGACUGGCUUCUGGUCGUGCACAUUUAAUCCAAGACAAGAGCUUUUCUGCGAACAAUGGAAGGGACACACGCUCGGCAUCUUGGGUGACGAAAACGUAGGCAAGACGUGGGUUAUGAGCAAUCUAGCCGACUGUCAGCUACCAAUGGAAGGAAAGUUUGAUGGUACACGAGGCCUGAGUUUCAAGUGGGUAAAAAGUACUAGAAGAGAAGACAUUCUACAUCUAGUGCUGAUCGACGGACCCGGUUCAAAUAAGCCCGCACGUCUAGCUGCAAAAGGACAAGCCAACAUCCCAGACGACGUACCCGCUGAGACCGGUAAGAACACCGACAAGCAAAUACCGUUUGAAGCUAGCAGUCUGAUGCAAGAAACUGAGCAACAAGAUCAGUUCUAUCGGUCGAUGAUACUGGGUCUCUCUGCCUACCUCAUAUUUGUAGUGAACGAGGUGACCGCGUUAGAUCAGCGAUUCUUCAGGGAUUUGGCCGACAGAUGGGCAAAAUGUUGUCGAGAUGGCAUGCGCAGAUGCCCAGAUAUCUUUGUAAUCCACAACUUCAAGGACGUGAGUGAUCGUGAAGAGGCGGAGAAAUUGUUCAAGCUAAACACAAUGGAGCUCUGCGUAUUCUAUAAAGGUAUAUUCAGUCAAAGGAAAGGAGUCUCCUGCUUUGAUUGUCCACAACUGCAUACUCGCCAUAUUUUCACGAUGAACAACGAGCUCGAGACCAAUCGGUAUUACAAUAACGCAAUCUUUGACCUCCUUAGAGAAAAAUUUCUAACCAUUUUGAUGCAGCCACAGGAUCCCUACACUCCUGAAAUGCUCAGCCAUCUUUUUGCUGAGUGUUCUUCAAAACUGCUGAGCAAAGGAGGAUUUCUAACGAAUGUCAAGGGGAUCCAGCAGGUUACUGAAGAGAACGGACAAACGAUCUACAAACCGGUCAAACUGGAGGAAAAUUUGCCGGUGGCACCAACACGCUCAUAUGACGGAAAUUUUGUACCUACUCUUGAUGGGUUUCACCCACAAAGACCAAAUAGAGAUUCUCGUUUGUCACCAGCUGGUUCAAGAUAUAGGCGAAUCAGGAUUGAAGCACCAGGUGUGCCACGCCUUCAAGCGAAGCGAAACUACGUUCAGUCAACGGUCGCCGGCUGCAUGGCAAUAGAAGUUAGUGGAAGGAAGAAGGAAGACACUGUGAUGUACUUUCAGGGAGGUGCGACAUCUACUGUAGACGCUGAAAUGGAAGACUGCAGAUACGGGCAUUUUUCUAAAAUAUUUCAAAUUCCUCUCGAGUAUACAGAGAAGAAGCCGCUCAUCCACGGUCCAGAAUACGGUGUUUUCUGGCUAGUAUUUGAAGAAGGAAAUGAUGGACAUUAGACAGCAUGCAGCAAAAGCAAAAUCUUGAACUGUACAGUAUACGUAUAGCUCUUGUUUGUAUUAGAAAAUUCAUUCACAACAUGAGCUUUGGCUGCAUAUGCCUCG